AAUGGCAUUUCUUGUAGAGGUCACGCAUCCGCGGAGGUGCUCCGUAAAAAUUUGCGGCUUUAUAGCGAUACCGACCGCGGCCGAGCCAGCCGCGCCGCGAUACCACUUUAUUGUACCACCAUCAAUAAAGCCUACUUUAUAUACUUGUUAAAACAUCAACCACAAAUGGUUGUUCCUAAAAUAAAACCAUAAGUUCUAAGUGUUCACUUGCAAUGGCAAUUUUUCAAAUCUACGAGUAUUUCGGAGAGUUGAUAAGUGCGGUGGUGAUACUCUACACCUUAGCCUACUUGUGGUUCCAAUACAGCUUCUCGUAUUGGUCGAGCAAGCGCGUGCGCGGGCCGGCGCCGGCGUUCCCGUUCGGGAACAUCCGUGACGUCAUCACGAGGAGGUCGCAGUUCUUCCAGCCCUACUGCGACAACUACUUCAAGUACAAGCAUCUCCCCUAUGUGGGCAUGUACUCGUUCAACCGGCCGGUGCUGUGCAUCAACGAUCCGGAUGUAGCGAAACAUAUCCUGAUCAAAGACUUCGAUUACUUCCAAGCGCACGGAAUAUUCUCUGCGUCAGAGGGGAUCGACCCUCUCGCGGCGCACCUGUUCAACAGUCACGGAGACAGAUGGAAGAAUUUACGAGUGAAAAUGUCACCGGCGUUUUCAUCCGGGAAACUGAAGACGAUGUAUCCGCUUGUGCAAAAAACAGCUGAGGAAGGAAUGAAAUACUUGGACUCGCUGGAGUCGAAAGGAAACUCGAUAAACAUUUCGGAGUUUUAUGAAACUUAUACUAUGGAGAUUAUUGCAAGUGUGGGCUUUGGAGUGGAGUGCAAUGGUUUUAAGAAUCCUAAUACGGAGUUCUAUGUGAGGGGACAUGAAUACUUUGAACCGACGUCUUUGUAUUGGGCACUAGCUCGCGCUUUAGCAUUUUUUGCUCCAGAUCUAUCCAGACAGCUAAAGAUUCGGCGAUUCAGUCCGGGCAUGAUAGAGUUCUUUUACGGCCUCGUGAAAGACACCGUCGAGUAUCGGCAGAAGCACGAAUUCAGGAGAAACGAUUUCAUUCAAACAUUGAUCGAACUGAAAAAUGGACAGUCCGUAGAUGAAAAUGGUAACAUAAAGCCGAUAGAGGGGUUCCCGUUUUCCAUGGACGACGUGGCAGCGAACACGAUGCUGUACAUGGUGGCUGGCUACGAGACCUCGGCCACGGUGGGCCAGUUCACGGCGUACGAGCUCGCCCUCAACCCCGGCGUGCAGGCGCGCGCGCGCGACGAGGUGACCCGCGUGCUGGCCAGGCAUGAGAACCAGUGCACGUACGAGGCACAGAACGAAAUGACCUACUUGAACAUGAUCUUUGAUGAGACCAUGAGGAAAUACCCGCCGAUGCGAGCACUAUUCAGAAGGUGCAAUAAAGAGUACAGGUUGCCGGACAGUGAUCUAGUGAUAGACGAGGGUACGCUGGUUUUCGUGCCGGUGCAAGGGAUACAGAUGGAUCCGGAUAUAUUUCCUGAGCCGGACAAGUUUGACCCGGACCGGUUCCUCCCUGAGAACAAAGCGAACAUGCACCCCUGUCACUGGAUGCCGUUUGGGGCUGGCCCGCGAAAAUGCUUGGGUCUUCGUCAAGGCUAUAUCCAGGUGAAGAUAGCUCUGAUAAAGAUCCUGCAGAAGUACGAGAUCGUGCUGGACGAGCGGACGGCGGUGCCCAUGCGGGUCAAGCCGACGGCCAUGUGCUGCGCGCCCGACGGCGGCGUGUGGGUCAAGCUCAAGAAGCUGGCUGACCAGUGAGGGACCAACAGCGAUAAGGGCGUAAACACAGAUAUGUUCGCCUACCAGCUGCCGCUACACGGGUUCGUUAUAGACGUAGAUAAACGUCACUAUAUCCAAA